AUGGUCCACGUAGCUAGUGUGAGUGAUGUCCUGCUAGACAAUUCCUUCACGCCGCCGUGCCAGCGCAUGGGUGGAAUGGUCUCCUUCCGCACCUUCGAGGAUUUUGUCAGAAUCUUUGAUGAAGUGAUGGGUUGCUUCUGCGACUCUCCUCCCCAGAGCCCAACCUUCCCUGAAGCUGGCCAUGCUUCCCUCUAUGAUGAAGACAAGACUGCCCGUGAGGAGCCCAUUCACAUUCUGAAUGUUGCUAUUAAAACAGACAGCGACGUUGACGACGAUGGGCUGGCAGCCAUGUUCAGGGAGUUCACACAAAGCAAGAGAGAGUUUCCAAAGUUCUUCACGUUCCGUGCCCGGGAUAAGUUUGAGGAGGACAGGAUCUACCGACACCUGGAGCCAGCUCUGGCCUUCCAGCUGGAGCUGAACCGAAUGCGGAACUUUGAUCUCACUGCCAUCCCCUGUGCCAACCACAAAAUGCAUCUCUACCUGGGGGCAGCUAAAGUUGAAGUGGGAACAGAAGUGACAGACUACAGGUUCUUCGUGAGGGCUAUCAUACGGCAUUCGGAUCUGGUUACCAAGGAAGCCUCCUUUGAGUACCUGCAAAAUGAGGGAGAGAGAUUGCUUCUGGAAGCCAUGGAUGAGUUGGAGGUGGCGUUUAAUAACACCAACGUGCGCACUGACUGCAACCACAUCUUCCUGAACUUCGUGCCUACUGUCAUCAUGGACCCAUCUAAGAUCGAGGAGUCGGUGAGGUCCAUGGUGAUGCGCUACGGGAGCCGGCUGUGGAAGCUGCGCGUCCUGCAGGCCGAGCUGAAGAUCAACAUCCGCCUGACGCCCACGGGCAAGGCCAUCCCCAUCCGCCUCUUCCUCACCAACGAGUCGGGCUACUACCUGGACAUCAGCCUCUACAAAGAAGUGACAGACCCCAGGACAGCACAGAUUAUGUUCCAGGCGUAUGGGGAUAAACAGGGACCACUUCAUGGGAUGCUGAUCAAUACCCCGUAUGUGACCAAAGACCUGCUGCAGUCCAAGAGGUUCCAGGCACAGUCUUUAGGAACAUCAUAUGUCUACGACAUUCCUGAGAUGUUUCGGCAGUCUUUGAUUAAGCUCUGGGAGUCUAUGAAUGAACAUGCAUUCCUGCCAACACCACCGCUGCCUUCCGACAUCCUGACGUACACCGAGUUGGUGCUGGAUGAUCAGGGCCAGCUCGUGCACAUGAACAGGCUGCCAGGAGGAAAUGAGAUUGGGAUGGUGGCCUGGAAGAUGACUCUGAAGACCCCCGAGUACCCGGACGGCCGGGAUAUCAUCGUCAUCGGCAACGACAUCACGUACCGGAUCGGCUCCUUCGGGCCUCAGGAGGACGUGCUGUUCCUGAGGGCCUCGGAGCUGGCUCGGACACACGGCAUCCCCCGCAUCUACGUGGCUGCCAACAGCGGAGCCAGGAUUGGUUUGGCUGAGGAGAUUCGGCACAUGUUCCACGUAGCUUGGGAGGACCCAGAUGACCCGUACAAGGGAUACAAAUACUUGUACCUGACUCCUCAGGACUAUAAGAAAGUUAGUGCCCUGAACUCGGUUCACUGUGAACACGUGGAGGACAAUGGAGAGUCCAGGUAUAAGAUAACAGAUAUUAUCGGAAAGGAAGACGGGCUUGGAACAGAGAACCUCAGAGGAUCUGGCAUGAUUGCUGGAGAAUCAUCUUUAGCCUAUGAUAGCAUUAUCACCAUCAACUUGGUUACGUGUCGGGCGAUUGGGAUUGGGGCUUACCUUGUGCGGCUGGGUCAGAGGACUAUCCAGGUGGAGAACUCUCACAUAAUCCUGACUGGCUGUGGAGCCCUCAACAAGCUGGAGGUGCUGUUCCAGGUGUCCUGGCUGGAGGUGGGCAGGAGACCUGGGCAGAACUGCAGAUCUAAGGGCUCCAGCAUGAACCAG